AGCCACCCCUGAGCCUGUAGCUGUUAUGUUCCCUUCCAUACAGUACCUCUCUGGGCCUCCUAUCAGCGCUGGAAGGUGAGUUUUAGUGAGACCAUUUCACAGAUAAAGAAAUGAAGGCUGUAAGGGGAAAUGGCAAAGCUGGCAUUGGAACUCCAAGCCGUGCAGGUCCAAUGCAGGGGCCCACCUCUGAAGGGAUGCUGAAGAGACCAUCCCCCAUGGGUGUCCUCAGCCUAAAGCCCAGAGAUCCUGGCUGGUCUGAGUCCUUGCCCUCCUCCCCACCUGCAGGCCCCUCGCAUUGGCACAAACUGUAUCCCAUUGCCCAGGGAGAUCGCCAAUCACCCAUCAAUAUCAUCUCCAGCCAGGCUGUGUACUCACCCAGCCUGCAACCACUGGAGCUUUCUUAUGAGGCCUGCAUGUCCCUCAGCAUCACCAACAAUGGCCACUCUGUCCAGGUAGACUUCAAUGACAGUGAUGACCGAACCGUGGUGACUGGGGGCCCCCUGGAAGGGCCCUACCGCCUCAAGCAGUUUCACUUCCACUGGGGCAAGAAGCACGAUGUGGGUUCUGAGCACACGGUGGAUGGCAAGUCCUUCCCCAGCGAGCUUCAUCUGGUUCACUGGAAUGCCAAGAAGUACAGCACUUUUGGGGAGGCAGCCUCAGCGCCUGAUGGCCUGGCUGUGGUUGGUGUUUUCUUGGAGACAGGAGACGAGCACCCCAGCAUGAAUCGUCUGACAGAUGCGCUCUACAUGGUCCGGUUCAAGGGCACCAAAGCCCAGUUCAGCUGCUUCAACCCCAAGUGCCUCCUGCCUGCCAGCCGGCACUACUGGACCUACCCGGGCUCUCUGACGACUCCCCCACUCAGCGAGAGUGUCACCUGGAUUGUGCUCCGGGAGCCCAUCUGCAUCUCUGAAAGGCAGAUGGGAAAGUUCCGGAGCCUGCUUUUUACCUCAGAGGAUGAUGAGAGGAUCCACAUGGUGAACAACUUCCGGCCACCACAGCCACUGAAGGGCCGCGUGGUGAAGGCCUCCUUCCGGGCCUGAGCUGCCCACCUGCCUAGCCGGCCACUAGGGCACCAUCUUCCCAAGGGCUUCCACGUCAGCAGACACCAAACCAUCUGAGGCUCCCUCCCUGGGGGGUGCUGGGGACCCUCCUUCAGCCAGUUUGCUCCUUGGUCACCCUGGAGGCUUCUGGAUGGGACCCUGGAGUCUGGGGCACCCUUCAGCUGCCCUGGGGACAGGAAGGACAGGAGCUAAGCAGGGUCCAAGCCUGGGGCUGCCUCUGCUCUCCAAGACCCAAAGACCCCUGGGAACCUCCUCUGGUCUUCCCCACUGGCAGUGGCGGCAGCCCCACCUGGAGCGCACACUGUGAUGGAGGAGACUGAGCUCCCUGGGGCAGGUAGCUGACACUACCAGAGAGACUCAAGCAAUAAUUAGAGGUGGGCAGAGCUGCCCUCUCGGCAUUACCUCUUCUGCAGGCUCUGCCAUGCACGCACCUCACUGCCGGGCCAUUAAAAUCAGCACCCAGCAUGCUGGAGGUGAUGUGGCCUUCUCCCUCCAGCCACCUGCUGCCACGGGCAGGCCCUGGCUAUAGCUUAUACAGUAUCUCCCCUUGUCCCCACCCAGUCACCAAAGCCACCUACAUGACAAUCCAUCCCUGUUGAAUUAAUAAAUUCAUGUAUCCAUGCAACAAAUA